AUGAUAAUUAGUUUGGUGGAAGAUAGGCCAGUCCUUUGGGACAAGACGCUGGAUAAAUACAAAGACAAUACUGCAAGUAUUGCAGGUUGGCGCGAAAUAUGCAUUAUUUUAAUGGAGGAUUUUGAGACUAUGGAACAAAGACAAAGACAGGAGUUCGGAAAACUUGUUAUGAAAAAGUGGAGACAGAUGAAAGAUACCUGGGUGAGAAAACUAAAAGAUAAAAAGAAUUGCAAGACGUCUGGUUCCGCUGUCUCGAACACGAAGCCCUACAAAUAG